GUUUGUAUAACCACAACUAGCUUGUUUGAUAAGUCCAGCAUUUAGCUAGUAGCAUGCAUGCUACGUGAGGAACCCAGGUCAUGGGCACUUUAUAACUUUAUUUUUCGCGUACUUUGCUUGUAGGCAUGAGAACUCAGAUUAACAAAACCAACACUUGAGUCCAGAGGCUCACGGAGCCGUUUUUCUGUUUCUUCGCUCUGACCAUCACUGCCUUGGCUUGGUCAGCUCUCUGGCUCGAUCCUCUGUGAGCUUGUUGUUUCAGAGGGCAUGGAUCCUCUGGGCGCUCGCUCCCAGUUUGUGGACAUCCAGUCUCUUCCCACAUGGCAGCAGCAGCUCGGGGAGGAUGGCGAUGACUCACUGCUGGACCAGAGCGACGGCGUGCGCAGCCUUCAGGCUUUUCCUUCACCCUUCCCCUUCAGAUCAGAAAUCAACCGCAAGAUCAUCCUCUUCACCGGAGACGUUGCCCUGCUGAACUGCACUGCUGUGGUGAACACCAGCAACGAGUCGCUAAGCGACAAGAACCCGGUGUCUGACAGCAUCCAUCAGCUGGCCGGGCCCGAACUCAGGGAUGAACUCCUAAAACUCAAAGGUUGCCGAACAGGAGAGGCAAAGCUGACCAAAGGCUUCAACCUGGCGGCGAGAUUUAUCCUCCACACGGUGGGACCCAAGUACAAAGCCAAGUACAGGACGGCAGCAGAGAGCUCGCUGUACUUCUGCUACAGGAACAUCAUGCAGCUGGCAGCAGAACAGUCGAUGACAUCUGUGGGCUUCUGUGUGGUGACCACAGCAAAAAGGGGCUACCCGCUGGAGGAUGCUACUCACAUAGCUUUCAGAACAGUGCGCAGGUUCCUGGAGAACUACGGAAACUGCAUCGAGUCGGUGGUGUUCGCCGUGUCAGAACUGGAAGAGCCCGUCUACAGGAGGUUGUUACCGCUCUACUUCCCUCGCUCCGAGCCCGAGGAGAAGGCCUGCCUUCCUCUCAUCCCUGCUGACAUUGGCAACUCUGAGGGAGAAUCAGUCGUCCCCGAGAGACAGAUCCGCAUCACAGAGAAACCAGGCAGCCUGGAAGACGAUGGUGAAGAGGAAAGUCUGGAACUGGAUUUGGGUCAAGUGGGGACUCACGCCUUUGCCCAGAUGGAAGGAGACGUGGACAAGCAGAGGAAGCAAAUCCUCCAGGGACAGAUUUCAGAGGCAGCCUUGCAGAAGCAACACCAAAGAAACUAUAGUCGCUGGCUGGGUCGAGCGAGAGCUGAAGACCUGUCAGACAUCGCCGCCCUGAAGGCCUUAUAUCAGACAGGUGUGGACAUGUGUGGGAGGACUGUGAUGGUUGUGGUCGGUCGAAACAUCCCAGUGACCCUCAUUGACCCUGAAAAGGCUCUGUUGUACUUCAUCCAUGUGAUGGAUCACAUCACGGUGAAGGAGUAUGUGAUCGUUUACUUCCACACGCUGACCGGAGAACACAACCAUCUGAACUCCGACUUCUUCAGGAACCUCUACGACAUCGUCGACUCCAAGUAUAAAAGGAAUCUGAAGGCCUUCUACUUCAUACAUCCAACGUUUCGUGCAAAGGUCUCCACGUGGUUCUUCACCACCUUCAGUGUGUCUGGUUUGAAGGAGAAGGUCCGUUACCUGGAGAACCUGCAUCAGCUUUUUACCUGCAUUAAACCCGAACAGAUCGACAUUCCUCCGUUUGUCCUGGAGUACGAUGCGCGGGUCAGACGCCCAAACCAGCCGAGGGUCUGAGUCCGUUUCAGGCUGGGAUUAGAUCUGGGUGAAUUAAAAUGGCGCUGCUCUAAUGAGCAGAGCCAGACAGAUAAAAUAAAUCCAAGGGUAUGCAGCCAUUUCACUCAUUGUUGCAAAGAUCAGAUGAGUUGGCUGAACCUGGUUAAUGUGACUGGUAACCUGUUGUCAUGGACACACUCGUGGUUGUUUUGUGAGAUCUUUAAGCUGCUGCCAUGUUGGCUUUUUUCUCCAAUAAGUAAAUAAAGAUCUCUGUUAUGCUGCACAUAUCCUUGUUUUCCUCUCAGAGCUGGGUUUAAACCACAUAAGUGAUCGUGAACACCCUGGUGCUAAGCCUCUUAUGAUCUCUGCGUCAGUUUCAGCUCCGACCCUGUUACAUAAAAGGUGUCAUAGAGCAGCGAUCUGAUAGACUUCCAGGAAAAGACCUACUCUCCAUUCUUUAUCCAGGAAAACAAAUCCUCUGCAUUCUGUUUCAGUGAAACCAGUUUAUUUCUCCACCAGUGGUUCCAGCUCCAUUCCAGUAGGUCGAAGCUACGCUUCCCCUCAUCUGUUAUUAAUGUAGCUGAAAGCUUGAAUCAGGCGUGUUUUCCUAUAACAAACCAGCUAAACAAUUUACCUGUUCAUUAUUAUGUAACAGCUUUCCACCUGCUCUGUAAACACAAACCAAUGUGGAGAUGUGUUUAUCAAAAAUGUGGGUUUCUGCUUUAAAAGUUAGAUUUGUUUUUAAACACAGAAGAGUAUGUUGUGUUUUUUAAGUAAGUAGUAAGUACAUUUUAUUUCUAUAGCACUUAUUACAGACAUAGAAUCACAAAAUGCUCCACAUAGGUCAAAACAAAGUCAUAAAAUCAUAAUGAUCUCAAAACAAAAAUAGAUUAACAUCAGAAAAAAUAAAGUCAGAAAAUGAUAAAAUUUCAUAAACAGAUAAAAGAUUAAAAUAUUCUUCUGAACACUUUUAAAGUGUUUUUUUUAAACACAGGAAAUGUUUUUUUUUUCUUGCUAACAGUUUUGAUCACUCCUGCGAUCCUCUUCAGAGCUCGCCGCUAAUGGCGGCGUCACUUCCUUCUCCGUUUUUCCACGGCCAGCAGGACGGUGUCGCCCUCUGCUGGCCGAGACCCCUUGUCUCCGUAUUUCUAUAGCUUCCUUAAUCCAUCUUUUGUAUUUCUGUUGUUCAGUUUUUAUGAUCCUUGUGUUGUCUCUGUCCAUUAUAUGGUUUUCUCUUGUGCAGUGAUCUGUUACGGCCGACUUCUUUAUUGUGCUUUCUGCUUCUUGUUUUGCUGUUCUUGUGUGUCUUUGGCUUGUUUCUUUCUAACACUCCUUUCUAUGUUCUAUUGUUCGUGUGUUGAGCUGGUGUCCAGUUUCUCCUGUGUGUGUGUGUUUUAAUGCAGAGUUUGCAGGUAUUUCAUCACAGAUGAGGGAAAGAAAGCAGAAGUAGUUGGGAUAUUAAAGAACAGCAAAAUACAACACAGUAAUGUUACAAAAGAAGAAAGAACAGCCAUGACAACACUACUGUUCCAUCAUUAUUCUACCGACAGACAAAGGAAGAACCACCGUGGUAAUGGACAAAGAAAAACACAAACAACAGAUGGAACAGAUGCUAGAGGACAAAAAUACAUACAAAACAAUAAAAAAGACCAACAGAAGAUAUCAAGACAAACAUGAAAAAAUUACUAAAACCACUACAAGAAAAAGGCAAAAUAACAGAAAAAAUGUACAAACACUGGAUCCCUACAGCAAAUAUAAUACCAAGUAUCUAUGGAACUCCAAAAAUACGCAAACAGAACACCUCACUUAGAUCAAUAUUAGACAGCAUAGGUACACCAAUAUACAACAUGGCAAAAGAAAUCAGCUAAUUCAUCAGCCCACUAUUAGGCAACACAGAACAACAAUGCAGAAACAGCACAGAACUGGCAAAAGAACUAAGAUUACAAUAGAAGACAACGUUACAUCUCUGAUUACAAAAACACCAACCCAGAUAACCAUCGAAAUAGUAGUGAACAGAAUCAGACGGGACUAAACUUUACACAAAAGAACAAACCUCACAGGAGAAAACAGAGCACAACUGAUAAAACUGAUAGCUAACUCCACGUACUUCACAUAAGACGGAACAAUAUACAAACAACUGGAAAGCUUCGCCAUGGGUGACCCGUAAUCAGCCACCCUGUGUGAGUUUUUCAUGGAAGACCUAGAACAAAAAGCCAUAGCCACUGCUCCCCCCAAACAGCUAAAUUAAAUUAUGGAAACGCUACGUAAACGACAUACUGGAAAUCAUACCAAAAGUACUAACGGAGACACUAACAGAACACCUGAUCAAUAUCAACAACACAAACAUAAAAUUUACAUAUGAGGAAGAAACAGAAGGCAGCAUAAUAGUCAUGAACACGAGAAUAAAUAGACAAAAAGACGAGACCCUGAACAUAAACACAUACAGACCGAUAUUUAUUAUGGACAUCAGAACACCCUACUAUACAUAAAAUGUCAGUGAUCAGAACAUUAUAUCACCGAGCAAACAUAACAGAAGAACUAAACUGUAAACAAGAGGACCAACAAAUACAAAACACUUUAAAGACCUGUGGAUGCCCGACAUGGACAAUAAACGAAGGAAAACGACAAACAGAAAAGAACAACCAAAACAAAAAGCCAGAAACCCAGAAAAACAAGACCCAAAACCAGUGAUAACCCUACCAUACAUUAAAGGCAUAACAGAAAAAAUAAGAGCAACAAUGAAAAAAAAACAACAUAAACACACCAACAAAACCAUACACAACAGUUAGAAAAAGACUAGUACACCCAAAAAACAAGAUAUCAGUAGCACAUAAGUGUGGAGUCAUUUACUAAAUCCAAUGUAAACUCUGCAAUAAAACACACACAGGAGAAACCGGACGCCAGCUCAACACACGAACAAUAGAAUAUAGAAAGGAGUGUUAGAAGGAAAGAAGUCGGACACACAAGAGCAGCAAAACAAGAAGCAGAAAGCACAAUAAAGAAGUUGGCCGUAACAGAUCACUGCACAAGAGAAAACCAUAUAAUGGACUGGGACAACACAAGGAUCAUAAACACCGAACCACAAACAUAUAAAAGAUGGAUUAAAGAAGCCAUGGAGUUACGGAGACGAGGACAUGGAACCAUGAACAGAGACGAUGGGGUCUACACAUUAGAUCAUGCAUGGAACUGUGUCAUCGAUGAGGAGAGCAUGGGCAGCAGAGGGCAACACCGUCCUCUGCUGCCCGUGGAUAAACGGAGAAGGAAGUGACGCCGCCAUUAGCGGCUAGCUCUGAAUAAGAUCGCAGGAGUGAUUGAAACUGUUAGUAAGGUUCAAAACAACUUUCCUGUGCUUAAAAAAGAACUUAAAGAGUAUGCUAACAGCAGGUUUUUAUGAUGUUAUUUAGUUUCUGUGGGUUCUUGUUGGGUCUUUCUGGGUAACGGGCUAUUCUAGCAUCAGAGAUUUAGGGGUGUGGAGAUCUGCCUGGUCAGGCAAGAUAAAUUUCAAAAUUUAAACACUAUUUCAUUUUCACAUUUAUGAAAGAAAACAAAAACACUGUUCUCACUAAUCAAAUUACGGGUUUACACAGCAAAAUCUGGUAAACAUAUAGAUUGUUAACAUUGUAGCAGAAUCUGGUCCAGGUUUAGAGAGCCUAGGUCAGUGGUUCCCAAUCUACUGUCCUUGAGCAUCGCUUGGCUGUGUGGUAACCUCACAAUCUCAGCAAAAACAUGUUGUAGAAGAAGAAAUUGUCUCUUGACUCGUGCCUCUCAAGAUAAAAAUUACGAGGCACUUGAAUAUGCUGUGCCGAGACCCCGGCCCCAGGUUGGGAACGACUGGUUGUUUUAACAUAUGAGCAGAUUAAGGAUGCUCAAUGAGUGAAAAACAUGGUUGGAAAUGUCCUUUAAUAUGUGGAAGCUUGAAAUUGAAGCCUAUUUUUUUUCGCUUUGUCCGAAUUUCCACAACACUAAAAUUACCAGUGAUAUUUUUAGAUGAAUUAUACUUAUUUUCGCCAAAUUUUCCACUAAUAUCAACAUCCCUUUGAAAAAACAUCCAAACUUUUUUUUUUCUUUUUCUUCUUCUUGAUUUUAGAAACUAACAAAAUCAAAAUGGUGGUUUUGCAAAAAUGACAACUAAUCUCAUACAGUAGAUAUUUAGGGGAGAGAAAACAAAAUUCACUGAUUUUGAUCUCUGACAAAAGUUAGAUUUAAACUUAAUGUUCUGACUUUUUUUCUUUAGCACCAGCCUGUCUGAUUAGUGAGGAAGUUGAGCAGCACGGUGACAGAGAAAUGACUGAACCAUCUCAGUCACUCUUUAACCCUUCAGUCUUUAUUGUAACAGCAUUUCUCCACCGUGCUCAUCUCCCACUAGUCCAGGAUCACUCUGUCGUUUACUUUUGGUUCGGAGGUUCAUGAGCGGUGCAAAGCCCCGCCUCCUAGCUUGAUUGACAGCUGUUUUUUUUUUGUUUGUUUUUGUUUUUUGUUUUGCCUCACAAUCAGUUUAUACGAGAUUCAAAGA